AUGCUUUCAUUCCUUAGCUCUAGCCACAGGACGGCCUGUCAUCUUUUUUUGCUGGCCGCUCUAUCUAGAGUCGUGCUUGCAGGACAGUUCUUGGAUACCGAGGCCGUUCCCGCAGGCGUCAGCAGUGCCUGUCUCGCGGCACUCACAGCGGACACGGCGUGCAGAUCCAGUGUCGCAGACUUGAGCGCCGGGAAGUACUAUCCUCUCUCUGCUCUUCAAGUCAUCUGUGACGAGUCGUGCUCUUCGGCGCUGUCCUCAUUCCAUGCAUCUGUGCUGUCUAGCUGCGCCGGAGAUGUGUGGGAAGAUGAUAACGGCGAGACACUUCCCGUUGCCCUGUUUAGUGAGUUGAUAAGAUACUCCUACAACUUGACCUGUCUCUCAGAUGGCGGCCGCUUUUGCAAUAACGUUGCCGCUGCGUACGCAGCCGCGGCUGACCCACAGGCAAGUGAAGUGCCGGGUGGUUUACCUGCCGGCGGUGAUUUUGGAAUCCAUGACACGACGGAUCCGUGCGAUUCUUGCCUCCUUGCGAACCUUCGGUUCAAAGCCGAAUCGCCCUAUUAUGAGGGGCCUGUGCUGCAGUCGCAAUCUGCUUACGAGAGUAAAGCGUCCAGCUGUGGUAUUGCCAGUACUACCUUGACAACCACCGCCAACAGUCUUCUCACACCUACAAGUACUGUUCCCACUGCUACACCAACAUGUGCAGGAUCGGUUUACACCAUUCAGCCUAGUGACGAUUGUCAUUCGAUAUCCCUUUCCCAGGGUAUUGGUACGGAGUGGCUCAUAAUCGACAAUUCUCUGGUGGCUUUCUGUCACGACUUUCCUACCGAGGGGGAGCUCUGUCUAGUGAAUACCUGCGAUGUCUACACAGUGCUAGAGUCAGAUACCUGCAAGAGUAUCGUGCGCCAACACGGCAUCACCGACUCUCAGCUUCGAGCAUGGAACCCGUCCAUCAACGCAGGGUGCUACAACUUGGACCAGAUGAUCGGAGACCAGAUUUGUGUUAGCAAGCCAGGCACACCAUACGUUGCACCAAGCGAGACCACGAUCGCACCCUCCAUCCCAACUACAGCUGCUCCUCUUCCGACCAACGCUGCGUCGGGCUCAAACACAUACUGCGGGACUUGGUAUGAGGCGCAACUUGGUGAUUACUGUAAUCUCAUCGUGAUGAAGUAUGGCAUCUCACUUGUGGACUUUGUAUUCUUGAAUUCGGCCAUCAACGAGAACUGCACCAACCUGUACGCUGAAGAGUCCUACUGCGUGCGACCCGUGGGAGAUAUCAAUACUUAUAGUGGCAAGCCUGGAUAUGCAGCACCCACGCUUACCAUGACGGGGACAAUUGAAGACAGUGCAACUACACUGCCAGAUGCCUCGUUUACAUAUCCAAGCCCCGUGCGCACGCCGUUUCCUUUGGCUACAGGGUCUCGCAAGGACUGCUCGCAGUACAGCAAUGGCGACGAGUGGCAACAAAAUCUUACCUCGACCUACUUCACCUCUCACUGCGCUCUUAUGGCUGCCGUCAUCGGCGUUACCUUGGAAGACCUGCAGGUUUGGAACCCAUCACUCGGAAACGUAUCGGAUGACGCUUGCUCCUUUGAAACCGGUGUGAGAUAUUGCGCCAAGUACUACGAUGGCGAGAAGACAGGCACCAGUACCGACGAAGAUUCAGCCUUUCCAGCUCGGGAAGGCAUGACGACGAACUGUUCCAUCACGGCAGAUGUGCGAAAUGAUGGAUAUCCAACGUGUUCGGACAUACUAGCGCAAUGGGAGUUGACUAUAGCCGACUUCUAUGCUAUGAACCCUAGUGUGGGGUCUGACUGUUCCGGCAUGUGGGCUGGCUACCACUACUGCGUCCGUACCAAUGAUUGGGUAGCCCCGACAGCCACUGCUGUGACGUCCACGACUUCGACCUCAGAGCCGACCAGCUCACCGACAGCGCCUGGUCCAGUCCAGGACGGCCAACCGGCAGAAUGUAACAAGUGGCAUCUUGUCGAAAGCGGUGAUACCUGCUCUGUCAUAACGUCGACAUACAGCAUCACCUUUGAACAGUUCAGAGAGUGGAACCCCGCGGUUUCUGAGGACUGUGUAAGUGGCUUCUGGGGAGGGUAUGCCUAUUGCGUGGGCGUCAGCAGCUCGUCGUCUUCCCCAGCCGUCACCGUCACCCCCGCGACGACUUCUACAGUAGCCAGUGCGCCGGCGACCACUACAACCGCCGGGCCCGUGGCUGCGCCCGACCCCAAUCAGGCUGGUAAUGCAAUUGCAUCUUGCAGUGCGUAUGCACAAGCCCAAUCGGGCGACUGGUGCACGGCGUUUGCGGACCGCAAUGGGGUGACGUAUGCGAAUUUGUAUGCUUGGAACAGCGUAUUGGGAAGCAACGGCGAGAAUUGUGGCGGCUCUUUCUGGAGCGGAUAUUGGUAUUGUGUUGCGGUUGUCGCUUAG